UAAUAACAAUCUUCCUUAUAAUCAAUUUCAUGUGAAUACAAGUUAUGAUGGUAGUCUGGUUAUUAAGGUUAUUGAUGAUAUCAACGUAAAUCGUUACAAAGGUAUCCAUACUAUAUUACCAAACGGGACUGCAAUAGAUAUCAAUCUUGAUUUUUCUCAUCAUAACAACAUAAGUGUUGGUCGCAUUUACCCUUUAACUAUGAAACUUUAUUUACUACUUUAUGAUGGUAUUGUCAAUGGCAGCAAUCAAGUCACCGGAAUGAUAAUCGACUGGAAUAAGCAAAUCAUAAAAGACCAGUCUGAUAAUAAUGUUACCUGGACUUUAUAUAAUUUACAACAACAAGACAAUAUAGGUGUCAUAGCCAAUAACUCUUUUAAUUUGCCAACUAAUUCAACCCUUGAAUAUGUAUUUCCGAUCGUUGAUGGGAGUUAUGGUUUCGUUAUUUCAGAAAUAUCAAAUGAUAAUAGUACUUCAAUACCAAAUAUAUAUUUAUAUUAUAAGUUUUUAUCAUCCACAACUCACAAAGUUUCUGAAAAUUUUUUGUUAUAUUUUGCGCGAAAUAUUAGUUCAAUAUUAUAUGUUUCAUGUUCACCAAGUUACAGUGAGGAUGGAAAUACAUGCAUGAUAUCUACACCAGUCGAAAAGUCUCAAUCCGGUUCAACAAUUAUAACGUACCAGAUUGACUUUUUGUCAUCUGGUUCUGUAGUUAAUUUACAAUCACGAUACAAACAAUUUCUGAACUCUAGUAAUGGACAAUUAUAUUUUAAUAUCAAGCAGUUAUUUUAUGGUGGAUCUAUUAUAACUAGCUGGACUUUCCAAUGUAUUGAAAGUGAAUAUUUGACGGGUUAUUCCGCGGCAAAUGGUGAUACCUGUAAACCUAAGAAUUUGACUGGAUAUAUUAUUCCACCUAAUGGCAAUGAAAAACAGUGGGAUUUAUUACCGAUCUCUUUAUUUUCAGAUGCUGUAUUUGACAUAAUGAAAAAUAAUACUUAUAUAUUGUACAUAGAGUAUGGUAUUGGUAAUUGGAGUAUUUUUAGCUUCGAUUUACCAAAAUUUAGGGAAGAUUUUGGAUAUGAAAACCCAAAUAUUAUUUCAGUAUACCCCAGAAUUAAUGAUACUAUCUUGCCAUACACAACUUCGGUCAAUAUAUCCUUUACAAAUUCAAUUACAAACAAAAUUCAGAAAUUUUAUUCUGGAAAUUCUGAAGAUUGUGCAAUUUCAAAUAAUACGAAUUCAGUUUUAUGCAAUAUCUCAACAUCCAUAUUUAAUCAAUGGAAUUCUUCUUAUAUGAUUGUGGUAGAUAAUAAUUUUGUGAAAUAUUCUUUGACAGAUGAGCCUAUUUAUGGCAUCGUAGAAAGUCUAUGGACAUUCAAUACUAAUUUACAAACACAACCAGUAAUGCAUUCAGAUAGCGCUGUAGUUAUUGUACGUCUAACUGGUGAUGGAACUACAGUAUAUAAUUCUCUUUCAUCAUCAGAAAAACCUAUAUUUUUAAAUGGCUUACAAAAUGAACUUGUUGAAAGUAUUCCUACGACACAUGAUAGAUUACGUUUAACAAAUCGAAUCCAAUAUGAUCCAUCAUCUCAAUAUUUAAUACAAAUUGAAAUUUUGGCUCCUAAUGAUAAUUAUCAGACACCCGUUUAUCAAAUAAUCAAAGAUAUGAAUGCAUUAAUUAAAGAAAAAGACACUUCGAUAAUGUCAAUGAACAAUCAUACGAAAUAUUUAGAUUCUUCAUAUGGUGUUACAGUGAAUCUAAAUCUUUGGGAUGAUAUUAAAUUCAAAUUACUUGGAUUAUUGAUUGGAUUUAUUGUUUUAAGUAUUAUUGCUUUAUGGGCUCGUCACAAAUCCCCAGAGGGAAGUUUCUUUACGAUAUUUAGUAUGACAUUUAUUUUGCUUGAUUUAAUUAUGGAUAUUUUAUUUAUUGUUAAAAACGGAAAUGAUGUUCCUCUUGUAACUUCUGAAUUGCAAUCUAAUAAACCAUUUGAAAAAUGGUUUGGUAAAUAUUCGAAAUUUAUUUCAAUAUUUACUAUGCUUUCAAUAUCAGAUAUUGCAUUAUUAGAAUGCUUAACUUCAAAGUUUGGUGGAUUUGAAUUAUUUGAUGCACCAUUUUCUGCCAAUGCUCAAAAGCUAAUAUUUUGGGGAACUACGAUUAAUAUUUUUAUAGAAAAUAUUCCUCAGUUUAUUAUACAGUGCACCAUG